GCUGCUACCGUUGUGGAGGAACGACGAUGUCGGAGCAGGAGUCUCUGAGGUGCUCCAGUGCCAGGAACCGUGGAGGCGUACAGAGGGUGGAAGGAAAACUGCGAGCCAGUGUAGAAAAGGGGGACUACUAUGAAGCACACCAGAUGUACAGGACUUUAUUUUUUAGGUACAUGUCACAGGCAAAACAUGCUGAGGCCAGGGAGCUGAUGUACAAUGGUGCUCUGCUCUUCUUCAGCUAUAACCAGCAAAACAGUGCAGCAGAUCUGUCCAUGCUGGUGCUGGAGGUUUUGGAGAAAUCUGAGACAAAAGUGGAAGAUGACAUAUUAGGUGGGUGGCAAACUUUUAAAGUUCCCUUUUCAAAGAAUCCAGGUCAUCUACCAGACAUCCUCUACUAAGCUGCGUUCGUACGUUUUCAGUUUGACUGAUGAUGUAUACAGUAUGUUGUGCUUUUUGGAUACGUUGUCUCAUUAUGGUGCAAUUCAGAAAGCUGUGUUGAUAUUGGACGCGAUGGGAUUUUAUUGUUUGGUACUGCCCUCAAUGUACAGCAAAGAUGUGCUAUACAGCAACAUUUACAUAAAGUGUAUCUACAAAACUGGAGCUCUUAAA